AUGAAGCAAACGUAUUACGAUCCAAAGGUAGCUGAGCCAAUUGGAUCCGAGUCAAUGGAUGAUAGUAAGCUGGACGACAUGGUUCAAUCGUUGCCCCCAGUUGACCCUUUGUUAGAUACUCCCUUCCCGUUCAGGAGUGCAGACGUGGAACAAGGUGACACGUUUGCCACAGAGAACAACGCUGGGCCUACGCAGUCCGCAAGGACUAACGUGAACUUCUUGCCCCCACAUCAAUCAUUGUUCGAUGCCUUACAGAGCUCUAACCUGAACAUGGUUGAGGAGAUUGACCCUUUGAGACGAAGCAACCAACCGGAAGAAUGUUCCCCUUCUUGUUGGAACCAGGAGUUCUCCGUGACUGCGUGGCAAAUGGUCCACCGAGACGAUGUGAAGUUGCAAAAUCUUUGGACCCACACAAAAAUGUACGGAACAGGCAGUAGACGUGUUCCAGGUACGGGGAACGGUGAAUCAGUGCUGUCCAGCUCAGAGUACGAGGAGACCGACCUUCCAGAUACCCCUCUCCUCAACGAAGACGAUAUAGAAGAGCGGAACGAACAUGAUACUAUUCUGAUGAUUGCAGAAGAUGAGAAUUUGAAAGACACCGCCACCGUGAGUUCCGGCAGACAGUCUUCAUUUGUGAUGCCAAAAGUAUCGCUUCCGGAUUCAGGUGCCUCCAACUCCAAGUCAAUAAGCUGGAAUGGUAAACAUGCUAGGAUCAAAGUGCAAGUGGUCGGGAACUGUGCCGAGAGAUUAUUAGCACGUUUGAUACCCUAUCGAAAGACGUUAUGGAUGUUGGACUUUGUCGAAAGCGGAGCCGAUAUUCUGGUCUUGCUUUUGAACAAGGAUAAUGUUGUACUUCCUCGGAUAUUGAAUAAACCCUUUCUGCCAAUAAUAAUUAAGGAUGACGAUGCAGAAUUCAGUUCAUCGAUAGACACCACCUCAUUAUUUGAUAAUUAUAAUACUAAGAGCACGGCAAGAUCAUCAUCAUCAUCAAUUAUUUCGGAGCCAUUGGAACUGAAGUCUAUAGACGAUGAUCUGUUUGACAUAAUCCACGCUCUUUCAAAUAUGGAGCUGGAUUUCUGUGGCGAAGAAUCUUUCCAGCACAUUAGCACACAAACGUCCACCAUAGCUUCCUCCAAACAAGCAAGAUCUAGAAGGUCUUCGUCCAGACUUGCACAGCGCCGUAAGCUUCACAAGCAGACACAAAUGAGCCAGUCUCGUGAAAAGCGGUCUCACCAACGAUGCAGUUAUGAGUAUAUCAACUGGAUAAGACGACAGCUUACCCUUGGCCUUACAUUGGGCUUGAUAUCCAUUUCUUACUGUAUCUGGUCGUUCAGUAGUGAUCACAACAAGUUACAUGGCUAUCACCAUAUGAACGGAGUGUGGAUGCGCUGCACUGUAUAG